AUGCUCGUGCGGCUCGUGUUGGGACUCAUCGUCCUCAAAGCUGUGGUGGCCAGCCCCAGAUUUUCCCGCCAAGUGGACUUGGACACAUACGACAGUGCCAACUAUGAUGUGGAUCUAGACAAUGUAAAUUUGGAGAACCAGGAUAUCUAUGACUACGAAGAUGGGCUAACAAUUGAUGAUCCUCAGAUAGAGAUUGGAACACUGGCCCCACCCGACUAUAACUACCCUGUACCCGAGGCCUCACUGGAAGAACAUGAAGAAGAGGAGGAGGAGGAGCAGGAGGAAGAGUUGCCCCUAAAACCUCAGCUCAUCCCUCAGGGUUCAGGGGGAUCUGGGGUUCUCAUGGGCCCAGACACACAGAAAGAGGUGGAGCUGCGUCUGACGCCCAUUGACAUCCUUCAUGUGUCCGGGGAUUUUGGGGGCUCCGUAGGGUCUGGGGCCUCAGGAGCUUCUGGGGCUUCUGGGUCUGGAGGCUCAGGAGACCUACUGGUCUCAGGCGGCUCUGGGGGUUCUGGAGACAUUGUCCUGAUCUCUGGAGCCUCUGAGGAGCUCCUUAGCUCUGGGGGAUCUGGGGAAUUCUUGGUAUCUGGGGAUCUCUUGAUUUCUGGGGAUUUCUUGAUAUCUGGGGAUCACUCAGGAUCUGGGGAUAUAAUGGGAUCUGCAACUUCUGGAGCCUCUGGGGACUUGGGCUCUGGAGGGAUUUCAAUUGAACUCCCCCUUGGCUCUGGAGGGUCUGGGGACCAGUCUGGUUCUGGGUUCUCUGGAGAUCUCUUGAUCUCAGGGGCCUCUGGAAGCUCUGGGGUUUCUGGGGACUCUGGUGAGUCCGGGGACUCAGGGAUAACAUUGAUAUCUGGAGAGGAGGAGCUGCCCCUUCCUGAGACUAUCCCCAGCGAGGCAUCAGGUGCUUCUGGGGAGUUCUCAGGAGCUUCAGGAACCUCAGGGGCCUCUGGGGAUCUUGGAGCCUCUGGAGACUUAGAGUUAUCUGGAGCCUCUGGGGAUUCUAGUGCCUCUGGCUCUGGAGACGCAGAGGUCCCUGAGGUAACUCUGGUCCCUGACACUGAUAAAGAGGAGGGGCUGCUUCCGACUACAACAGAACCCCCCCAGGAACGUACUGACAUUAUAGAAGGGUCAGUGAGCUCUGGAUUGCCAGAGCCUGAUGAACCUGAUGAGCCUUAUGAGCCUGACAGGACAGGUAUGCCCACUUGCUUGCUGUGCACUUGCCUUGGUGGUUCGGUCUACUGUGAUGACUUGAAGCUGGAUAGUGUACCACCUCUUCCCAAAGACACCACUCACUUCUAUGCACGCUACAACAGAAUCACCAAGAUCAACAAGUCUGACUUCGCCUUCAUGAACAAGCUGAAGAGGAUCGACUUAACCGCCAAUGAGAUAACGUCCAUCGAUGACAAAGCAUUUUUGGGUCUACCUGAGCUGGAGGAGCUGGUGAUUCGAGAAAAUCAUAUCUCAAGGCUGCCUGCUCUCCCAGAGACCAUGAGCCUGAUCGAUGCCAGCCAUAACAACAUUGGCACCAAGGGUAUUCACAACGAGGCGUUCAAAGAUAUGACCAGCCUGCUGUACCUGUACCUAACAGACAACCACAUUGAUUACGUCCCUGUGCCUCUACCAGACACCCUGCGAUCUCUACACCUACAGCGUAACAAUAUUCAAAUGAUGCACGAGGACACGUUCUGCAACCUGAAAGAUUUCAACUACAUCAGGAACGCACUGGAGGACAUCCGUCUGGACGGCAACCCCAUCAACCUCAGCAGGACCCCGCAGGCUUACAUCUGCCUGCCCCGUAUACCCAUCGGGGAUCUCAUUUAACCACACAGACACAUACUACACUCUUGCACACUGACUCCCACAAAUACAACCACAUGCACACAUCUUUGUACAUAUUGACACACACAACCACACACGCAGACAUGCAUACCAUUUAUCACCUCCUAAAACAAUCAAUUAAUUACAAGAUUCAAAACUGUCAUAAAUGCUGCUGAUGUAUUCUACAGAUCAGUAAAAACUGUGUGGAAAUUUAUGAUUGAUAAACAUCCACAAACGCAUUGAUUGAGUCAGAUUCUGGCGAUAAAGCACAUAUACACGUCUCUACUGCAACUUCUUCCUUUUGUUCAGAUCUUUAGGAAACUUACUCACCUACCAACAUGCAUGUACACACAUACAAAUACACACACAUUCACACAAGAACCUAAGAACUCAAAAGCCAAACUGUUCCGCAACUUGAUUAAGAUUAAACAAUAGGUGGCAUUCGGAGAAAUCAGUUUAUU